UUCACAGGUUCACCAGACCAAAACGCUGGAAACCAAAUUGAAAGCGAAGAAACGGAAGGGCGGGCGCCUUUGUGGAAGCUUGUUGGUAGCUCCUCAUGGUGGGCAGGUCGCCCUCUGUUAGAUGGCCCGCCUGGGAUUGAUUCCACGCCUCGCUCUUCUAGGCACCUUCAACCUGGCGGUUCUGGCUGUCUACCUCAAAGUCAUUGAGAGGUCCCGCAAUCGUGGUGGCAGCUUUGAGCGAGACGGGUACGAGUUCUGGGGCAUGUGGUCGUCUCCAAAGCACGUCAGAGAGCAAGAGACUAAGAAAGCGGAGUAAAGCAGAAGUUCAAGGAUCUUCAAGCGCUUUCACCGGGAAAGUCGGGGCCAGGAAUCUUUUGUUAGGAGCAUUGAGGUUGCAGGAAAGCGGAAAGUUAGUGGAAAGUUCCUAGUGGUGCCAUUUGGGACCUAAGGCAAGUCAGAAUUGCCCCAGUCUUGCGUCCAGGGGAAUCCAGCUGGGUAGCUUGAGAGCUUUUUCAGGUGAAUGGGAGCUCCUGAAGGUGCAUAGAAGGUCCUCAAGACUUCGACGGGUUUAUGAGUAGAGGCUGUUUGCAGGACGUAGAGAGAAUCGCUAGAAAGCAGACGACUUCUCUGAAAAGCAGCGGGGAUUUCCAGAAAGCAUAGGAUUAUCUGGGCAUAGAAAUUAAGGGAGCAUAGCAUAUGGCAGACGUCACAGCGAUGCCAAGCACCUCUGGGACGGAUCCCCCGGUAGAGCCGCGGAGGUUUAAGGGCUCUAGAGGGGGGCCAGCAUCGGGAGGGCCCUCAGAGGCAAUCUUAGCCGUCGAUGUCAAGCCCCGGACGGCUGCGAACGGCCCUGUGAAGCGGUUUGUGCGGCAGCAGGUGCCGAGCGAAAUCCUGGAGGACCCGUUGCUGAGGUCAGCAAUGGAAGCGCUGCCGAAGAAUUACAACCUUGAGAUACCAAAGACGGUCUGGCGGCUAAAGCAGGCCAAGGCCAAGACCGUGGCGCUGCAGUUCCCCGAGGGUCUGCUGAUGUAUGCGACGACGAUCGCAGACAUUCUGGAGCGUUUUGCGGGCGUCGAGCACUGCUUGGUCCUGGGCGACGUUACUUAUGGGGCGUGCUGCGUGGACGACUUCAGCGCCGGCGCGCUUGGCGCCGACUUUCUGGUCCACUACGGCCACUCCUGCCUAGUUCCUGUUGACGUCACCUCCAUUCCGUGCCUCUACGUCUUUGUCGACAUCGCAAUCGACACCGCGCAUCUAGUAUCAACGGUCAAGCUCAACUUCGCGCGGGGCGCGGAUUUGGUGCUAGCCGGGACGAUCCAGUUUGCGGCGGCGGUGCAGGCGGCGCGGGGCGCCCUUGCGGAGGAUUUCCCGUCGCUGGUGGUGCCACAGGCCAAGCCGUUGUCCCCGGGGGAGGUUCUGGGCUGUACCGCCCCCGUACUUGCGAGCAAAGCGGACGCCAUCGUCUUUGUCGCGGACGGGAGGUUCCACCUGGAGGCGAUUAUGAUUGCGAACCCCACAGUGCCUGCUUACAGGUACGACCCCUACAGCAAAGUCCUCACGAUCGAGGAGUACGACCAUCUAGGAAUGCGCCGCGCGCGUCGUCGGGCGAUCGAAGCCUCCUGGCGCGCGAAACGGUUCGGCGUCGUGCUCGGAACCCUUGGCCGGCAGGGCAACCCGCGCAUCCUAACCCACGUGGAAACCCGGUUACGAACCCGCGGGUUAGACUACGUGGUUCUAUUAGUCUCCGAGCUGAACCCGGCGAAAGUCCAGCGGUUUAAGGGGUCCGUUGACGCGUGGGUGCAAAUUGCGUGUCCGCGAUUGUCGAUUGAUUGGGGCGAGGCGUUUGACGCGCCACUGCUGACGCCGUACGAACUAGAAGUGGCGCUGGGGUUCGUCGCGCCGUGGUGGGAGGGAGCCCGGGGGGACACGGCUGAAGGCGUCACUGUCAGCAGCGGCGAGGUUAGGAGUGGACCUGUCGACGUCAGCGGCAGUUCUGCUGACGCUCGAGAAACUUCUGCGGACGUCAGCAUCAGUGGAGUGGGAGGCGACCGGGGGGGUGGUCGGAAGGGUGGGGCGGGGACUUGUGGAUGCUCGUCUGAUAGGGGGGGUGUUUCGGAGCCUGGACGAAGGGGCGCUUCCGAGGAGGGGCCAGAUCGGACCGGGGUCACGGAUGGGGCUUCUGAAGGGGAGCUUCCGUCUCAGUCAGCAUCUGCUGCGGGGAGAGAAGCCAUAGCUAAUGGUACUAGAGUCACUGUGGAUGAGCCAGAAAAGGUCGGUUCCCGUAAGGCUCCAGAGUUGGACAAAGAAGCUCCGAGCACAGGUCCCUGUACUAUCAAAGGAAGCACCGCCACGUGUAGGGAGUCGGAAGAGUGGGAACGGGUGGCACCGUACCCGAUGGAUUACUACGCAAGAGAUGGCGGUCCAUGGAACUCGGUUUACGGGCCAAAGCCAAGGGUGAAGGCGAAAGGAUAGCCACAAUUUGGUGAAUGCGUCAAUUGUUCCUAGCUGUUGGUUCAAGCCUCAUGGGAGUUGGUCAGAUGCAGAUGUGUCCGACCAGGUACGGUAUCCAUCCGGACUGGCUGCGCGCAUUCUGUUCAGCAUGGGAGCUUGAACUCGAGGAUGCAGGAUCAUGGUAGCUGCAAGCCAUUAUAAGUUUUAAAACUCAACGCAGACAGAUUUUGGAGCAUCCCGGCACCGCAUCGUGUUGGAUAAGCGGCAUGCAGU